AUGCCUGAAAAUGAAUUUGAUAAAUCAAAACACUCAUUACCAUUCCCAAAUAUUAUGGAACAAUCUAUGGAUCGUAGAAAGGAAAUAGCUGAAGAUGUUAUAAAUGAUGAUUUAGCAUCAUCAAAAUUUAGAAUUGAAAUAAUUGAAAUGUUAAAAACAGCAAUUGAUGAAAAUUCAAAAUUAUGUGAUGAUUGCCCUGAUUACAUAAUCAAAUAUAUCUUACACACUUCUAUUAUAUUAUCUCCUUAUUGUGAUGGAAUUGAAAAUUCAGAAAAUACUUGGAUUCAUUCAUACACAAAUAUUUUCAUUAAAGAAUCACAUAUGGAUAAUAACAUUUUUAAGUCUAUAAAUAAAUGGUUAACUUGGCAUUUAAGGAAUUUAAGGAUAAAAGAAAAAAUCCAAGUAGUUAGGUUUAUUGUUCCUUUUCCUCAAAUUUGUGUAUACCAAAAUAACUCCAAAAAUAAUGAUCAUAAGAAUAAAGAUAAUGAUCAUAAUAAAAACAAAGAUGAUGAUCAUAAGAACAAAGAUAGUGAUCAUAAGAACAAAGAUAAUGAUCAUAAGAAACAUUAG